AUGGGCUCGCCUACUGAGGACACAGCUGUGGGGGCAUCCGGAAUCCAGGCAGGCCUACUGCCCACUGCCCAUGAGCCAGGCUGGUCCAAAGCCUAUGGAAAAAGGCCCCAAGAGGCUGGAAUGGAGAAGCAAAGUCCCCAGUUUUAUGAGACUGAAACCCAGCCAGCACCACAGAACAGUGAUGAAAUGCUCUACUGUGAGGUUGAAGCCCUGCCAGUUGUUGUGAAACAGAAACCAGCCCGGGAGAGCUCAGAAACAGACCUUGAGAUGGAAGGUGAGAGUGGGCAUUCAGGGGCCUGCAAACUGUUGGGCGUCAUGCCCGUCUCUUAUUUUCUCCGGAACAUGGAGGAGUCCUACAUGAACCUCAACCACCACGGGCUGGGACCCAAUGGUACCAAGGCCAUUGCUAUAGCCCUGGUGUCCAACACAACUGUAAUCACCCUGGAGCUGGCAGACAAUUGUAUCAUGGAGCAAGGUGUGCUGAGCCUGAUGGAGCUGCUACAAGAGAACUACUACCUCCAGGAGAUGGUACUGUGCCCUGAGCUGCUGGUUCCUACCACCACAUCUGGUGGCUCAGAAACCACACGAGAUAAGCCAGAGGCCCCUGCCCCAGCCCAGGCUGACCUCCAGGCUUUCUGCAAUGAGUCUGGGGGCCCUUCUCCUCCAGAAGUGACUUCUCAGAGGAGGGCCAUGCAUCAGAUGCUGGCCAAGGGGACUGUGUUCCCUGUGGCUGUAGGUAACCCUAAGAAACCAUGUCUGUCUGGACCUCAUCAACUGAAUGCUCCCCAGCAUGAAGAAACCUCACCCUCCCUUGAACUCCCAGAGAAUCUCCAAUACGACUCUUAUCAAUUUCCAGUAUUGCCUUUAGACACAAGAAAUAACUUCAAGGAUGAAUCUGCAGAGCUGUUCCUACAGGCCCUGGCGGCCAAUUACCGAAUUAAGAUAGUGGAUCUCAGUCACAACCAAUUCUCUGAUAAGGGCGGGGAGCUCCUGGGACAGAUGCUGGCCCUCAAUGUAGGGCUCCUGUCACUGGAUCUGAGCUGGAACCACUUCUGCUCACGGGGAGCUGUGGCUUUGUGCAAUGGUCUCCGGGUUAAUAUGACCCUCAAGACACUGGAUCUCUCCAUGAAUGGCUUUGGAAACGAGGGGGCUGCAGCCCUAGGGGAGGUCCUCAGAUUCAACAGCUCUCUGGUCCACUUAGAUGUCAGCAGCAACAAUAUCAACAAUGACGGUGUCUCCAAAAUCAGCAAAGGACUGGAGUCCAACGACAGCCUCAAAUUUCUGAAGCUUUUCCUGAACCCUAUGAACAUGAAUGGGGCUAUUUUACUGAUCCUGUCCAUCAAGAGGAACCCCAAAUCCAAGAUGGAAAAGCUUGACAUUUCCAAUGUGCUGGUGUCCGAGCAGUUCAUGAAAAUCUUAGAUGGGGUGUAUGCUGUCCACCCCCAGCUGCAUGUGGUAUACAAGACAAAUAAGACUUCUGUCAAUAAAAUCAUCUUCCUGUGAACAAACCCUGUGAAACUGAUCUAG